CAAUGUGCCGUUUAAGCCAACAUUGCGAUACCAACUACCUGGUUACAUCGCCCUAGCAACGAGCAUGUUUUUACUGUUUGAUUGUUAUUCUCAGUGCGGAUUCUUGCGUGAUGGCCAGCCUUAAAAUCGGUAAUGAUACGGAAGACAUGUUUUACGAGAAUCUUUCCCUCGGUCUGGCGAAAGUCCUAAACAACAUCCCGAGAAUAACCAAUGUAACGUUGGAAAAAAGACUUCCUUGUGAAAAGGCGCAAGUGACGGCAUGGGAAUCCCGGCACAAUGUGUACUUGCCAGAUGAUAUGAAAAGGUUUUACCUUUCUACCGAUGGCUUCAAUUUCUACUGGAGCUACCAAUAUUCCCCUAACGACAUAAGGCGCGUAGGCCACAUCCACUUUCCGCAUCUGAUUCAGAUAACACUCGUGAGGGACAACAUUGAUACCAUCCUAACCGUCAGCCCCAACACGACCCUCACGGUUCCGCCCAUCAUCCGGCAGUCCAACUAUGUCGAUAUGAGUUCGGGCCAUCUGGAUCAUCUUAAUUUAAAUUCGAGAAGCAAAAUUUUUGAACUGAGCACGAUCGCUAACCUCGCCAAGGUGUGCCUUGUUUACGAGACACCCGAAAGUUCGAGCCCCAAAAUAUUUCUGCUCGAGACAAACUCGCUGCGGUGGCAAUUUCUGGCCGAAUCGUUCACCGAGUACCUGCGAAUGAGUAUCGCACAUCUGGGCUUACCGUACUGGGAGCUGUGUUUUUCCAGCUGUGGUCUGCCGGCCUGGACCGAGCAGCUAUUUCUACUGUUGGCACCGCAUCUGCUGGAGAAAAAUGAUAACCGUCGAUUGAAGAACAUCGUGUGCAUCAACGAAAAUCCACCAUACAACGUUUUAGAUCCUGCAGUGUUUCGGACGAAAUUACGGUGCUCGCGCCAGACACAGAAAAUGCGUUUGAAUAAUUAGUAACAAGGUAAAAUAUAUUUAUUUUUUUGUAACCCGGAGUGUAACCCGCGGCAUAAGGCAAAGUGGCACUGCACUCGUCGCUGGCACAAUUAUUUAUUUAGACUGAAUGUUUUGUAACAGUAGCACUUUUGGCUCAGCUCAUUGAUGGGAUUGCAAGGAGGGAUCGGUUACGAGCCGUAUAUCCGUUGCUCCGUUUUGUUCCACUUUAUACAUAGUAAUUUACAUUUUUACAAGCAAUUAUUCGACACCAAUUGUGUAGUAAAAAUAGAAAGAGAAACUAGAAUCGUUACCAGCAUUUUUAAACAAGUUCAGAUUCAGAGACACAACUCCUGAUUAACCUUAGUGAGGUUGCUAGUUUCUACUAAACUCAUUAGUUGUGAAAUAGAUGCAAAAACCACUGGCAGAUUUCUAUGUUGAAGUAAGGAUACAGUGUUUUCAAUUGUUGCAUAUAAUGUUCAGUGCAUUAAUAACAUAAUUUUUUAAAUGAAUCGGCGAUUGACAUGUAAAAUGUGAUGCACCAUCGUCCCGUCGUAAGUUUGCAUCCUUCAAUGGUCCGGCACCAGAAGCUAAUGCUAGGUAACCUCCCAUACCGUGGAUUCUAACGAGUGUCUUGGUCGGUUUGGAACUUCCACAUGUGCAUCGAGUCCAUCACUGAGCCUACUUAGACGACGUGCCCAGCUGCCACGCAUUCCUGUUUUGAGAAAUAAUACAUAAAUAAUGUAAUUUUACACAUAUUCUUAGUAACGCUUAGUAGUAACACCAUAUUAGAAAAUUGGUAAAUAAAACGUAUGACAGACAGCACAACCUCA